CCCAACUCCCAAACUCACUUACCCUUUUCUCCCCAAAAUUACACUCACAUCUGCGUCUUUUAGACCAAGUUCCUGAGGUUAAUUUCGUCAAUCCAUGUCAGACAGGCAGAUGCCAGACAAUGUUCAGUGCCGUACGUAAAACAUAUCCCGAAAAAAAGGAAGCAACAAUUCUCAUUCGUUCGUGUGUUUUUUCAAAUUAAGAAGACGCCUUUGGACUUAAAAGACGAAGCUUUUUUCUAUUUUCUUUUUUAAUUUUCUGAUAGAAAAUGAAUGCAAUAAGUCUUAAAGUUGCUGUAACGUCAACGAGGAGCUGUGUGUUGCAGGGUAGAGGGAGUUAUAGUUGGAUGGAUUUAGAGUAUGGGGGGAGGAGGGGGAGAGUCGGUUGGGGUUACAAAGAUGUUAACAGAACAUGUGGAAUUGUGGCUUGUGUUGGUGCUGGUGGUGGAGGUGGAGGGGAGAAGCUGAGUUCGAGUUCGGAUUCAGCUGGGUCAAGUCGGAGUUCUUUGUUUUCUCGGAGCCAAACUUAUGCUCUCUUGAAGCACCAAAUGGAAGUUGCUGCCAAAUCCGAGGAUUAUGAAGAAGCUGCAAGAAUUCGUGAUUCAUUGAAAUCAUUUGAGGAAGAGGAGCCAGUUCUUCGACUUAGGAGGUUAAUGAAAGAGGCAGUUCUGGAGGAAAGGUUUGAGGAUGCUGCCAGAUAUCGUGAUGAACUAAAGGAAAUUGCUCCAUACUCACUCCUGAAAUGUUCAAGUGAUGCAACAACCUUGGGGAUCAGGGUUCAAGUCAGGAGUGUGUACAUUGAGGGUCGAAGUCAACCUUCAAAGGGGCAGUACUUUUUUGCAUAUAGAGUGAGGAUUACCAAUAACUCAGAUCGUCCUGUUCAACUUCUUAAAAGGCAUUGGAUUAUCACUGAUGCCAAUGGAAAAAGUGAGAAUGUCUGGGGAAUUGGAGUUAUAGGUGAACAGCCGGUUAUACUUCCAAGGACAGGUUUUGAAUACUCAUCUGCCUGCCCAUUAAGCACUCCCAGCGGCAGAAUGGAAGGUGAUUUUGAGAUGAAACACAUUGAUAGAGUAGGGUCACCAACUUUCAACGUUGCUAUUGCACCGUUUUCUCUCUCCACACUGGGUGAUGGUGAUUCUUUUUGAUAUUGGUGUUAGCAUCCCUACGGAAUGGUAGAGGUGCCACAUCCCUAGCAUGAAUUCAUUAAUUUCAGAAAACCUUACUUCAACCAGAAUUGUAAAACAGUGUAAGUGUAAUUAUAGGUCCAAAAUCUCAUCAAAUGUUUCCCUAGAUGGAUGUGUAAGUUGUCAACAACCUAUGUAGGGAACUUAAUGGAAGAAAUCAGUGAUGAAUAUGUAUAUUUUAUGAGAAAUAUAUGAGGAGAUUCUCAAACGAACAGUAAAUAAACAUUUUAUUACAAUUAUCUGGUAGCACUAUGUUUACCAAGAAGUUCUGCAGCA